AUGUCCAUACCGAUAGCUACGAUCGCCUCGGCGGUCCUGUCCCUAAGGGGCCUAACUUGGGUGGCCUUUAUAUUCCUCGUCAGCUACUGCAUCUAUUCUUUGCAUAUCAAGCCCUUGCUCAGCCCCCUGCGCCACCUUCCGGCCCCUAAACAGGGCUUUUUAUGGUUUCGACUCCUUAAAGAGCCCAAAGCCGUAGAGAUUGAGCGGUGGAUGGACGAGCUUCCCCACGACGGUCUCUUCAGGUAUUAUGGCAUUUUUAACAGACAGCGCAUUUUUACUGCCAGCCCUAAAGCUACUGCCGACCUGUUGCACGGUCCAAACGCCUUUAAAUAUAUCAAGCCCAAAUUGCAAUUUAUAUUGGCCAACAAUAUUGCGGGCAAAGGUCUCCUAAUCCAGGAAAGGGAAGAAAAUAAACACGCCCGCAAAGGUUUAAUUCCCGCUUUCAACCCCGACCAAAUAAGGAAAUCGUUCCCCGAUAUGUGGAAAACGGCCGUCGAAACCAUAGAAGCAUUGCCAAAUUACACGGAAAAAAUGGCUUUAGGGGAUAAUGGGUGUAACAGCACCGAAGUCGUCGAAUUGCUUAAACUCAUAUCGGCCGCGAGCAUCGAUAUAAUCGGCCAUUUUGCCUAUAGCACCGAUUUCAAGGCCAUACAAAUAAACGCACCAAAAUACAAACGGCAUGCCCUCAAAUCGCCAAACUCGAUCUUCGCCCGCGCCUACGUCGAAAUGUUCAAAACGACAUGGAGAGGCCAGCGGUCGCUCGAGGCCGCUUCGCUAAUCGGCGCCAACAUUGCCCUGGCCCUGCCCCUGCGCGCCGUCAAAACCAUCAAAAGCAUUAUGGCACUGGUCUGGCAGGUGUCGGAAAACAUAGUCACCGAGCACGAGCGCGCGGCGGAGUACCAAAACGGCCGCGAUCCGAGAGGACAUGCUCAGCGUGGCGAUGCGGUCCGGGGCCUUUCGCACCGGGAUCUCGUCACGCAGACGGUGCACUUCCUCGCCGCCGGCACCGAGACGGUGGCGGGCAGCGCCUCGUGGGCCGUGCACCUCCUCUCACGACACCCAGAGAUGCAGACGCGGCUGCGCGACGAGGUCCGCGCCGCCAUCCCGGAUCCGAACGCGCCGCAGCAACAGGCCACGUUGCGGUCGCUGUCCUAUCUCGGCGCCGUGGUACAGGAGGUGCUGCGGUACCACUCCAUCAACACGCUGUUGUGGCGCGAGUGCGUCGAUCCGACGGCAUCUGAGAUCUGCGGCGUUUACAUCCCCAAAGGCACCGUCGUCGUCUUUUCACCUUGGGCCAUGAACCGCGAUCCCAAGAGCUGGGGACCCGAUGCUCGCACCUUCAACCCGGAUCGGUGGUUGGGCCCCGCGGACCAGCAAGAGAAGCACCGGCGCCACCCGUGCUCGUUCCUGACCUUCGGGUCCGGCCCGCGCCGAUGCCCGGGCGAGCCCUACGCUCGCGAUGAGCUGCUGUGUCUAAUCGCCAGCCUGGUCGGACGCUACCACUUCUCGCCGCUCCGGCCAGAGGCGGAGUCAGACGAGGGUCAGGAGAUUGGGGACGAUUUUGCGCUGACGCUUUUCAAGAUUUACGAGGGCUGGAGGUUGAUGGUGACGAGGGUUCCGGGGUGGUGA